AUGCUCCAGCCCACGGGAAAGGGCGACGAGCAGAUUCUGACGUUCACCCUUCAUGGCAUCCUCGCGCACAUCGGCAAGGGUCUGGCUCAUAACUGGAUAGAGCGAAAUUGGCACAACCAAUUCAAUACCAACGUAUGGGGUGCCAUUCGUCUUACGAAAGCUGUCUUGCCACACAUGCGUCGACGUGGUCAGGGUACCCUGGUUUUUAUGGGCAGCAUCGCGGGUUGGGUGGGCACUGCCGCUGGGGGCCCCUACAGCGCGUCUAAAUUCGCACUCGAAGGCAAGCGUCCCGUAUUUUUGUGCGCAGUGGAAUGCUUGAAGAACGAGACGGAGGAUCUCGGCAUCCGCACUCACCUCGUCGUCCUGGGUCAAUUCAGAACCAGCAUUCUGGGCGCUGAAAGAAGACAGUUCAAGGUCGUUGGCGACCCUUCGACAGGUUACGAUUCUGUGCUACGGCGACUCGAUGACAGACAAGCUGCCACCAACGACAAGCAGCCCGGCGACCCUGCCGCAGCAGCUGAACGCGUGGCAGAUCUCGUGAGGGAAGAAGGCUGGUUCACAGGCCAAUUACAUACGCCCUUCCGCCUCUUUCUUGGAUCUGACUGCCUCGAAAUUUUGCGCAGGAAAUGCAAGGAGACGCUUGAUGUCCUUGAGGAGCAGGACGCAAUUGCUCGAAGCACAGAUCUCGAUGUGAAGAGCGAGCUUGAAGGGUAUAAUUAG